AUGAAAAAUUAGGCUGUACAGACAAUCGAAACGGGUGCAAUUUUUAGCUUUAAAGCUAUGGAAGUAAUUGAACCAAAGAGAUCCAUAUUACCAAAAAAGACUGUCAAAAAGAGGAUCAAAUAACAGGGAUCACACUUUAUCGAUGACCCACUUCCAUAUUUAAAACCAUUAAAAUAAAAUAACCAAAUAAAGUUAAGACAAUUAUUGUUACCAAACAUAAAAUUCUAAUAAAAGCCAUAAAUGUCAAAGCGAAGUGAACGAUAUUUGUCGAUAUAACAGAAUUCUCAAUAAAGUUCUAAUUGCGUCAUGUAACUAAGAAGAUAUUCUCAUUAUGAUUUUAUUUCCAGAACAGAUAGAACACUCUCAUUAUAUCCCACGUAAAGUUUGGUAACUAGCAGAGCAUAUAUAAAGUAAAAUUGA